UUUGCUGGAAAGUACCUCGUGGCCGUGUGAGCUGCUCAGAACUUUGAGAGGGUUGGACAGCAACAUACCACGGUGCCGCAGAUCCGCUCAUUGCGCUUGCAUGCAAUUUCAGUCAUCUUUGCAUACUCCAACGAACAAAGGAAAUAGCAAAUGCACACUUACAUCUCCCACAGACGAAUCCUUUUCCGCCCAUCUUGCGACCGGAUAAUGCGAUAUCCUGCCCAUCCGUCAGAAAUCGCUCUCACGUUGCCAGUUCGGGUUUUAAAGUACCACAGUCCUGCGGCCUCGGUCCCGCUCCAUUAUAGUUGGUGAAGAGGCAAGGGUCUGUUCCCAGAACUGUGGUCACCGGUAUUCCCACUUUCGCCCCGAUAGCGGUUGCAUACGAGUAAUCCAGGAUGCUCAUGUCGUUGCCGAAAACUCCCUUCAGCGCACCUUCCAAAUUAUGAGCUGGGUACAGACCGUCGGCCCAAUACGACACAAGAAACCAGAGAAUAUGCGACAGGAUCGGAAUGCGGGAGACGAUGGGUAUGUGAGAAAUCCAACGGGGCUUGAAUGCCCUUCUUGCGAAAGAUUCGAACACAUUUGCGCAAUCAUCGACUGGCCAUCCAUUGAUGAACAAGGCCAGGAUGAUAAGCCCCCCUAACAAGCUUCAGCGUUGGUCAUUCAUCGAAUCAAGCAUACUUACCGGAACUGGUGCCGAAUCCAACGUCGAAGUAAUCCUGAACGGGGAUCUGUAGGCCGAUCCUGUCCUGCAGUAUUUGUAAAAAUGGUAGUGGUAUAGCCCCCUUGAUACCACCUCCGUCGAUGGUUAAUACGUUGACCCCGGCGGUAUCGGGCUUUAUUUUUACCGUCACGUCUCGAAGCGCCAUGUCGCAGAGGAAACAGCGCCGAAUGCUGAACGCCCACCGAUCAUUCUUAUCCGGCGUCCCGAAAAUUCGUACACAAUUUUCGCAGACCCCGUGUCCGCACGGCAGAUUAGUUUCCAGCAGGCGACGCAAACAUACAAAACAGAGGUCGUCACUCAGCAGCCGCUUCCAGCGAUUCUUAAACCUCUGGAGAUUAUUACGGUGUACCAUCAUGGAUGGCGUGCCGGUGCCGCGUAUGAGGUCAUUAAAGCAUUUCUCCAGCUCCUCCGAGACGAUUUUGACGAAGCUAGACGGGAGGACAAAGUUUGUCGAACCGUCGUGGACUAGCACACCAGUUCUGGCCACCUGGUAGCAUGCGUCAUUGUAUAGGGUGUGAAAUACAUCUCCGGGGUUGAACGCCAUGGGGCCGUUAGACUGAUCCCGCCAAACGCAGAAAGGAGGGCCGACUUACCGUGCAUGCCGGGAGGGUAGUGAUCCAGCAGGAGGCUCGAUGCGAUCAUUGGCACCGCGAAGUCCGUCAACUCUUCGGGCGAUUUGAUGUGCUUCAGGAAGUUGGACAGGUGCAUGUCUAGGUCGGGCGAGACAGGAUUUUGCAAACGCGACGCUUUGACGAAAUCGAACGGCUCCCUUGUGGUUCUGCCAAAGUGGUCACUCGCAUAUUUGAAGAAUGCGGCCAAAUGUCUCGCAGAGAAGAGCAUUCUUGCCUCUAGCUUGUGCCUUCGACCUUGAUCCAGUACCCGGACCAAGUAUUCCUCCAGCCGCCGGUAGCAGUGCCCUCCGUGGGGCACGGUUACCACUUCGAGAGCCGAUAACCUCUCUGCGGGAUUUUUGGUGGUCUCUUCUCUGAGCGCUCCCAGAAGGACCUCACUGGCCUCCUUGUCGAUUUCCGCUCCGGAGUCUGUGGCCUCCAUCACCACGACCACCCGUGGAUAUGUUGUCUUCGGUAGUGUCGACGGCUUGCCAUGCUCGAGCCACGAUGCGAGUCGACGUACCACGGGACCAAACCCGCCGACGUCGGUGGAAAAGAAGCAAAAGACAUCGGCAAAGGCGCCCAGGAGACGGGAAUAGAGAUGAUCAGCGGCAUCUUCUAAAGCCAGAUCUCGGACCCCUGCCCGGAUGCGAGGAAGCAUCAGCUGUCUUGUCUCGUGGCAUUGGGCCGAGGACCUUUUUUUUAAGUCCCGGUACGGAAGGUCGCCAUCUGCUAGAAGCACGGGGACGUCCCGGAACACAUCGCGAUUUCCCCGUUGGAGAUGUACUCCGCCGCCACGUUUCCGUCUGCCUGCCGACUUCGGCCUGUUCUCCUCUCCACCGAGGGAUCGAAGGGCUGACAAUUUGGCGGUAUGGCCGAUGAAAACCAACAGGCUGGGCUGCUGAAGGUCAGGGCUGGGAAAUUCGUCGAUAAGCGUUUGAAGCCGGUCCGAGAUGAACAAGAUGACUUCGUUUCGUUCGAUGCGGAGGUUGAGCCAAUCGCUGUGAUGACAGCGUGCCAUCAUGAAAGCCGAAAUGCUACUGUGAGUCCCAGUAUUGAGAUUGUGAGGUGCACAAGAGAAGAUACUUUUAACACAUCACGGCUAACCGUCGUCCUGUGAGGAGAGCUCAAUCCAGACCCUGGAACAGCGAGCGAGGAAAAGGAAACAGACAGAAGGAAGAGACUCGAACAGGCUCCAAACGCCGCCCUUCGAGAUCCAAUUUUGAACAAGCCAUGAAUCUGGUUUCCGUUUUGGGCUCCUCACAAGAUACCACUAGGUUGACUGGCGUUCCCCGUCUAUUUCUUCUCGAUAUGCAAGCUGAAUCGACGCUCUUUUGGCGACUGCGCAGGUGAACAUAGUGCAGAGCGCUGAUCAUGGUCAUUGCUGGCAUUUCGAAGGGGCAAGACAGACAAGUACUCAGCAGGAUGCCUUCCAGAAACCAACCUCGUCAUACGAAUCGACAACCUGUCGAGCUUGAAGAUCCGAGAUCUACCCCCAAUCUGAAGAGAUACUCCGAGCUACCCACGUUCAGACACAGAUGUGCCCUCUGCCGCAAGCUUCGGUCUUCGGCUUACCAGAGAGAUCAUCCCAUCGCUCCGGGAGAACAACCGACCCCGGGGGUCUGUUCACGACCUGAAUGCAGCGCCCAGAAACGAGCUUGGUCUCUAUCGACGAAGCCUCCACCGGUGAUGGUCCUGGAAGUGCACUGUUACAUCUACGAGAACCCUUUCCCCGAUAACUCCACUGAGGCUCCUCUCACGGUCGAGCUCCCUGCGGCAGAGCAGGGCCGACGAAAGGAGCUACUUCGUGGUGAUUAUGAGAUGUCGGCCUGGACGCAAAAGAACCCCAACCUAUAUGAAGAUAAGCAACAAGCUCCAUGGGUCAGUCGUAUGACCAAACCAACUUUUGUACCUCGCUAA